GAAGGUAAUAAAAAGUCGGCCUGAUUUGGGAGAAUCAGGUAAAUCUGUGCAUAUUGGUAUGCACGUAUGGUAUCACUAUGUAUCACGGAAUAACCCGGGUAUCAGAUUAACUAUGCAUGUAUUUAGGAAAUAACCGGUUUACAACUGUUUACACACUCAUCUCUUUAUGUACACAAAUUUCCGUGUUGCUCAACGUAUCCGGUCCCGAGGUAAGAUUAGGUUCAGUUUAACAAAGUUGAAUUUCUUAUCAGGCCUGGCUUUAUGUAUAACUACGUAUAUACAUAUCUGAUAUGGAUAGAUGAUCCAGAGCACACCAUUUCAAUCUCCAUCAAUAUGCACCUUUUUACCCUUUCUACUUACAUUCUUAGCAUCGUUUCCAACUUUGCAUGCCUUUAUUUAUUUCCACCAGUUGCACCUUAAUUUUAGAACGAGUAAGUGAACGGAAAAUGUGUGUCUAUAGCAACUGGAGGUGCCAAGCUAUGGUGAUAGCAAUUUUACAAAUUGUUGGAAGCUGUGUCGUAUUAAUUGCUUUGCUGGCCGGGGUGGUGGACGACGUGCCAGAUUUUAACAUGGGAGAAAGAGGCGAAAUUGUGCCCGCUAUUAUUACCAAGACGUCCUGCUUGAUCAGCGUGGUUCUUGGAGUUACCUUAUUUCUUGGAGUGAUUCAGGAAAAUGAGAAAAAGGGCAGAAUUUGGCUAGUUUCGCACUGUAUAUUUCUCUUGCUUGAAAUUAUUUCUGCCGUCGCGGAUUUCUCGUUAGGAAGACGAAAUCCGUCCUCAGUUUUUCCCGUGGUAUGCUCUGUUGGAAUAGUUUGCUACUUUCUCUUCGUGGUGAACGCAUAUUUGGAGGAGUUACUGGCAGACGGGGAAAAAGUUGGAGUAGUAGAAAAGAAGCAGGAUCCCGAGCGAGAUGCGGAUGCUGAAGAAGUGUAGGAAUUAAUGUAAAUUUCCAUGAUUUAUUUUUGCGACGAAUGUGUAUAUAAAUUUGAUCGGAUAGAAUUAUUGUGCAAUGUACAUUUACAUAUUCUGAUGGGUGGGCUAUUUAAAUGUGACAACCUUUGUAAGUAGGUCAAAAGAGUAAAUAAAAAUAUAUUUAGUAA